AUGGCUCUAGGAAGAGGAAGGAAGCCCUUAGGGACUCGGAACUUCAUAGAUCAGGAGAGUGGUCAGGAGAGUGAGGACUGUGAAGAUGAGGAGGUUAUUAGCAAGGAAAGGUGCUUGAAAAACCAACAAAAUCGAGAGAAGAGACAAGAGAAAUACAAAGAUGUACAACCUACUGCUAUUGAUCUUUUCAAGGACUUCCACUGCAGCAAGAACAAAGGAUUCAGUGAGCCUAUCAAGAAAGCUAUUGCUGAUAUGGAAGCGAUCAUGGCUGAACCAGUACAAGAUGAAGAGCAACCAAAGUCAGUGAACCAUGAUGUUUCUCAAGUUGUGAAAUCAACCACAUUUCUUCAAGUUGCAGGAAUUCAACCAAACUCCAACAAUAGCUCUAAAGGUUGCACUUCCUCAAAGUUCGUCGAUGGUCAUGCCUCGAAAUUGCAGUCCAAUCAGAGCGGCGCCGUCUCUAGUCGAGACCCUCCGCCGCCGAAAGGUUGUGCUGCUGCAACGUCGCCGUGGAUGCGUCCGACUGAACCUGCGGAAACAACAACGCGCAGGUCGCAGUCCGACGGGUACGUGGGACGAUUACGCAAAUGUUUUGGGCCUCUCACCUCCUGUGGCUCUAGGCUGUGGCCUCCGCCGACAGGCUCAUAUAGAGUCAUAUGCCUUCCGAGGAAGUUUGCGGCCUGGUUUUCGCUUCGCCUUCACUCAUGGCGGGGGAGCUUCUCGUCCGCGCUGCUGCUCCUGCUCAACUUGGCGGGCGUGUUGCUCGCCCCGCCCGCUCUUCCUUCCGGCCCGGCAUCCGUGGGCACCAGCGCCAGCGCCAGCGCCGACGGCGGCGGGGACGACGGGGAAGUCGACUUCUUCUUCUUCCCGUUCCUGGUCCUCUACAAGAGCGGCCGCGUGCAGCGCUUCAUGGGCACGGACACCGUGCCGGCCUCCACGGACCCGGCCACCGGCGUCGCCUCGAGGGACGUCGUCGUCGACGCCGCCGCGGGCCUCGCCGUGCGCCUCUACCUGCCUCCUAGCCUCGCCACCAACCGCACGGGCACGGCAGGGACGGACGACGACGGUGGCGGUGGUGGAAGCGGAAGCAACAGGCUGCCGCUCCUCGUGUUCUACCACGGCGGCGCCUUCGUCACGGAGUCGGCCUUCUCGCCGACGUACCACCGGUACCUGAACGCGCUGGUGUCCAGGGCCCGGGUGCUCGUCGUGUCCGUCGAGUACCACCUCGCGCCCGAGCACCGCCUCCCGACGGCGUACGACGACGCGUGGGCGGCGCUCCGGUGGGCGCUCGCCAACGCGCGGGCUGGGACCGGGACGACCGGGACGGACCCCUGGCUGUCGCGCCACGCCGACCCGGCGCGGCUGUUCCUGGCCGGCGACAGCGCCGGCGGUAACAUCGCGCACUACGUGGCGCUGCACGCGGGGCGGGAGGGCCUGGGCGACGGCGGCGCCGCCGCCACGACCAUCCGGGGCCUCGCGCUGCUCGACCCCCACUUCUGGGGGAAGCGCCCCGUGCCGUCGGAGACCACCGACGAGGACACGCGGCGGUGGCGCGAGCGCACGUGGAGCUUCGUGUGCGGCGGCCGCUACGGGAUCGAUGACCCGGUGAUCAACCCGGUGGCCAUGCCGCGGGAGGAGUGGCGCCGGCUCCCCUGCGCGCGCGUGCUGGUCACCGUGGCGGGGCUGGACAUGCUCAGCGCCAGGGGCCGUGCGUACGUCCACGCACUCAGGGCCAGCGGUUGGCCCGGCGAGGCGGAACUGUACGAGACGCCCGGCGAGUAUCACGUCUACUUCCUUAACAAGCCCGACAGCGAGAAGGCGGCGAAGGAGAUGGAGGUUCUAGUGAACUUCAUCAAUGGCGAUCAAGUGAGCAACACAGCUUCAAGAAUGGACGCCUGA